GGUAAGGAUGUUUUUUUAGCAGCUGCAUAUAUAGAUCAAAAUUCUAAUUUUGACCAUAAUAGAUAGUAAUUAGUAAUUGUAACUCAAGAUCAAAGGAGGCAAUUAAACUCAAUGAUAUAACAUGGAAAUACAGAUGGAAGAUCAAGACAUAGUGUUUUCCGAUGAUGUCAGAGUUCAAGAACUACAGUCGUGUCACUAUAUCUUUCCUGAUCUCAAAGUUGAUUUAGAUAAUCUUUCAGGAUCAUUAGAAGUUCAAAUAAGCUUUGAAGAUGGUCUACAUCUAAAUCUAGUUAGUGAGGAGAAUUCGGUUCAAGAAUCUACUUUAGUAAAUCAUUUGCCACCAAUAGCAUUGAACGUUCAACUACCUUCUACUUAUCCCGAAGUGGAUCCACCUAUUAUAGAUAUUGAUUGCAAUGUACUUACAGAAUCCCAAAUUAGUGAAUUGAAAUCUAAUUUGAUUGAUAUUUGGAAAUCAUUACAUGAUCAAGUGUUAUAUUCAAUGGUUGAUCAUAUUCAAAACGAUAUUAUUAAUAUGUUCGGUGAAAGUUAUCAAGUUUGUAAUCCAGAAGUUUAUUUUGAUUUAUUGAAACUAGAUAGGAAAAUAAAAAAGGAUGAAUUCAACGCAAAGACCUUUACGUGUGAGAUUUGUCAGGAUGAUAAUAAAGGUAUUAAAUGCAGUCGAAUAGAAGGUUGUGGUCAUGUCUUUUGUAAUGAUUGUUUGUACGAUUGUUUUGCAAAUUAUAUUAGAAGUGGAGAGGUCUCAAAUAUUCAUUGUCCAGAUUUUGGAUGUACUAAGGAAUAUGUUAGCUUUAAAGAAAAGGCUAAAUCUAUCGAUAACUUCACAAUGAAACCUUCAGAGAUAGUAGCGCUUGUUGAAAGAUUGUUAAAGCCUCCCAUUUCGUUAAACUUUUUAUCUCAGGUUUUAAAUGGACGAAAUUCAGAAGAUUCAAAACAAGAAGAAGAUUUGGUGAAAAGAUAUUAUAGAUUAUUUCAAAAAAAUCAAUACGAAUUCAUUGGUACUAUAUUUCCAAGACGGGUCAUUGAAUGUCCAAAACUAGGUUGUGGCGAAAGGUUAUUCAAAUACAAUAUGUCUGACAACUUAAUGAUAUGUAAUAAUUGCAAACAUGUGUUUUGUGCUAUCUGCUUAAAUUCCUUUCAUGGAGACUACAAGGCAUGUAAACUUCUUGGGAAAGAAUGGUUUGAAGGCAUACUUCUCGAAGAUUUGAAGACGUAUAUAGAGCUUCCGGAUGAAAGCAUGAUGAAAGAGAAUAUUGGUAGUCAUUACGGAAUCAAAAAAAUUGCGAAGGCGGUAAAGUUAUAUGAGCUUGAGUGCUUGUUUGAAGAUUUUAAAAAGGAAUCCGGGGUAAUGGCUUGUCCAGUUUGUGACACCGUUGUCGAAAGAAUAGAUGGUUGUAAUAAAAUUACAUGUUACAAAUGUAAUACAAGUUUUUGCUAUUUAUGUGGAGAGAAAAUUAGCGGUUACAGUCAUUUCAAUGAUGCUGGUUCUGAUUGUGCGGGCAAAUUAUUUCAUGGUGCUCCAGGACAUGAUGAUGACGAUAAUUUUAUUUUUUAACUUCUAAUUAACUAA